AUGAACACGGCUCGGAAGAAUAAUGAUAAUUAUUUUGCGCCAUCUAUCGGCAGAUGGGACAAGAUCCGCAAGAAGUAUGCGCCGCUCGGCGAGAGCGUGGUCGUGGUCAAGCUCGAGCGGACCCCGAAGGCCGGGCUCGGUCUCAGCCUGGCGGGGCACAGAGACCGCAGCAGGAUGGCGGUCUUCGUGUGCGGCCUGCACCCCGCCGGGGCGGCCGCGAAGGCCACGCCAGCGGUUAAAGUCGGCGACGAGAUUCUCGAGGUGAACGGAAUAGUGUUGCACGGCAGGUGUCAUCUGAACGCGUCUGCCAUCAUCAAGGGUCUGGUGGGGCCAGUCUUCAAGAUCAUACUCCUCAGACGCAAAUCCGCUUUAGAAGACGUCGCCGUGAAACCUCUGACACAAUUUCCGGUCGCUCUAGAAGAAGAGUCGGAGGACCGAUUUGCCGGCUACAAAGGGGUUCGAGACAUCACCAUCAAAAAGGGUCCUUCUGGGCUGGGCAUCAUGAUAAUCGAGGGACGGCACACGGAGGCUGGUCGUGGGAUAUUCGUGUCGGAUCUUCAAGAGGGUAGCGCUGCUGAACAGGCCGGACUUCAAAUAGGCGACAUGAUUCUUGCCGUUAACAGGGACUCCUUGCUAAGUUGCAGUUACGAUGCGGCGGCGGCCAAACUGAAAAAUACGGAGGGAGUCGUGAUCCUGACGGUGUGCAGCCCCAACAUGAAGGAUCCAGACAAGGAAGACCCGUCGGGCGCCUCAGGCGCGAACAGCACAACGGAUGCUGGUGGGGCGUCUAGGCCGCAAACACCGAGACCGGCGCCCUCGCCGGCUAAACCGGAGCCACCACCAGACCCGGCCACCGCGCCCAUCAAGCCCAACCAGGAGAUGGUCAUCGAGAUCAACACAGCAAAUGAAAAUCUGGGAGUGGUUCUACUUGGUGGCAGCGAUACCCUCAUAAACGGCGCGGCCGCCGUGGUGCUGGAGGUGGUGGCGGGCGGCGCGCUGGCCAAGGACGGCAGGCUCCAGCCCGGGGACCAGAUCCGCGAGUGCAACGGCGUCGCCAUCGCCGACAAGAUGGCGCACGAGCGACGGUGCCUCUCCAUCAAGCUGCGCGUGCCCAAGCUCCGGCUGACCGUGUUCCGCCCGGAGCCGAUACAGUACGAGGAGGUGGAGGUGGAGCUGGCCAGGAAGGGGGGAAGAGCCCUGGGCAUCUGCUGUCGGGCGCCGCCCAACGGCCCGGGGCUCUACAUCAACGAGCUGCUGUCUGGGUCACCGGCGGAAGUGGACGGUCGCCUGCAGAAGGGGGACCUCCUGCUAUCGGUGGACGGAAAGGACCUCAGCGGGGCGGACCUCCUGACGGCCGCGACGGCCCUCAAGCUGUGCGCGAACAAGGUCGCCAUCAAGGUCAAACGGUUCAAGAUCAUCGCCAAGUCCAUUUUCGACCAACAGUUGGAAAAGGACAGUAUUGGCCCGUGUGAAGUCGAUCUUACCACUUCAGAUAUAAGGUCCAGUUUCGACCAACAGUUGGAUAAGGAUUGUAUUGGUCAGUGGGAAAUCGACUUUAUCACUUCGGAUGUAAGGUCCAGUUUCUUGGUUGUAAAGGCAAAAGAUCAAGAUCAUAGGCAAGAAGCAGCGCAUUGGGAAAACGACCUUAUGUCAAUCGAUUUUGGUCCAUUUUCGAUCCGCCACUUUGAAAAGGUGGACAGUAUUAAGCGUCAGUGGGAAAUCGUAAGGACU